UUAUAUUCAAAUAAGCAACAAAGUAAACCCAGCUUAGCUUUGGAUAGAAUCAAGUUAACUGUGUUGAUGUGGAAUUUUUAAGCACAGUGUUCAGUAGUAUUAUUGAUCUGUAUUUGUGGCAUUUUGAACUUUUAUUUUGUUUGUAUCGACUGCCUUGAAAGCAAAACUUGAGCAACAUGGAAACAGACUGAGGCACCAGAGAUGAUUGAAAAUAACAAAGACUGCUCACCUGCGCCUCCUGAGGAGGCCUGAUCAUCAAUCAUCAAUACAUCAAAUGAUUUAGUAUGUAUUAUGUGUACACUUGACAAAGAUCUGGAAUUUAGGACCCCUGCGUUACAGAGAUUCAAAAGUUUCAAAUACUGUUUUCCAUUGAAAAGCUUUUAAUCUUUAAAUUUCGCAAAUGCGCAAAAGGAUGCUGUUUAAGAUUGGUGUCACCCUGGUGUUAGGCAUUGGAAUUAUUCUCUUCUACUUGGUCAAUGUCCAAGACAUUGAAAAGGGAGAGACUUUGAAACAUGACUUGUUUGAUGAAACUGAGAAUUUACAUCGACGUGGCGAUGCACAUGUAGUUAAUAUGGAUGUGGCCGAUCCCGACAAACGAAUUAAACAAAUUGAAUUGACUCAAAGGCCAGUUGUUAUUGAUGAUCAGUUAAAAUCAAGGCUGAAAAUAAAGCCAGGUCCUAAAUCUGAGGACCUGAAACCUAAAGAAAUGAUAAAGGACCAAACAUCAAAACCUAAUACUCAGAGUCAUGAAGAGGUAAAGCUCAAGAAUAAAUCAUUGAAACUUGAAGAAAUUAGAGUAACAAAGACAUCCAAAACUAAUGCAUUUGUUUUUAAAGAAAACCAUCUACAGCCAGUGCUUCAAGGUCAAAGCAGCCAUGGAGAGACCAACGGAGCUUUGGUUCACUUAUGUGUUGUAGUGUGUGGGGAGAGAGAGGAAGAAACCAUGGCAAUGCUGAAGUCUGCGGCGUUUGUAACACCAUCCACCGUGUCUCUAGCCUUCCACAUUGUAGCAGAAAAAAGUGCUCAGAAUUUUUUUCAAGAUCAGCUAGAAUUGUGGCCUCGGAGGCACAGGCAGAGGUUGUCCUACUUUAUUUAUAACAUAUCUUUUCCUGAUGACGACACUUCAGAUUCAUGGAAAAAGCUGUUUAAACCUUGUGCAUCCCAGCGGCUUUUCUUACCGGAGAUACUGCCGUCUGUGGACAGUCUGAUCUAUGUAGACACAGACACUUUGUUUUUGAGAUCCCUGGCUGAUCUCUGGUCUCACUUCUAUCAAAUGAAUGAAAGUCAGUUGGCAGGUGUGGUGUCAGAAGCGGAGGAUGGAACAGCUGGAUGGUACAAUAGAUUCGCCAACCACCCAUUCUAUGGACAGUAUGGUGUCAACUCUGGAGUUAUGUUAAUGAAUCUGACGAGAAUGAGGAAGACAUCUUGGCUGUCAGACAUGCAAACAUUUUACAACAAAUAUAAAAUGAUGAUCCCAUGGGGUGACCAGGACCUCAUUAACAUUUACUUUGCUGCACAUCCAGAUGAAGUUUACCUGCUCUCCUGUCCAUGGAACUACAGAAAUGAUCACUGCAAGUACAUGAGCAACUGCAAGGCUGCGGAACAGGAAGGUGUGUUUGUUCUCCAUGGUUCACGUCGAAUGUUCUACCAAAACAAAGAGCCAGUGUUUGCUGCUGUUUUUGAAACUUUAAAAAAUAAUGAACUUGGUAAUACUGUAGACAGAGAGUUGGUCACAAAGCUGGAGAGAAAGUUGUCAGAGGCCAAACCUUCGAACUGUGGGAAAGUUUCAUACAUUUUCUUAACACAGCUGAAAAAAAUGUUGCACAAGUCUGAGGAUCUUCCUAAUUUGGCAGAUGAGGUAGACAAUGAACACUUGGUUAAAGAGAUUAAAGCUGAUAUGAUAGACGAUCAGAAGAACUCCAGAGAAGACAACAAUGACCAACCCAGCCCACUAGAACAUAAUCAGCCUAGGCCACUAGAACAUCAAGUUGAUCAGCCCGUACCACAAGAACAUCAAGAUGACCAGCCCAGACAACAAGAACAUCAAGAUGGCCAGCCCAGACCACAAGAACAUCAAGAUGACCUGCCCAACCCCCUUAAACAUCAAGAUGACCAGUCCAACCCACUCCAACAUCAAGAUGACCAGUCCAACCCACUCCAACAUCAAGAUGACCAGUCCAACCCACUCCAACAUCAAGAUGACCAGCCCGGCGCACUGGAGUAUCAAGGUGACAAGGCAAAAAACGUAGGCUUCAAUAACCAAGUCAAUGCUGCAAAAGAAAGUAAGCACUCUGCCAAUUUACGACAAAACAUUGACCAAGCCAUUUCAAACUAUCAAAAUGACGCCUAUGACUAUUAUGACAAUGUAUUGGCCAAGACAGAUUUACCUAAUAAUAUAUAAGUAGACUAGUUAUACACAAAGUUUUGGACCAUAACAACUUAUUAUUAUUAUACUUAAAGAUUGACACAUUUUCAUGUUUCCAUAUACAAACUCAAUUUCAAUAUACUUAAAUUUAUUUAUAAUUCUCACUGAGACAAAUGCAAGUGUCUCAUGUUGUCUGUUGAAUAAUUCUGUAUAGUUUUUUAUUUUAACAGUUAUUUAAAAUUAGUGAAUUCUAUUUUUUAUAAGAUUGUUCAAGUGUCACUGUUCAUUUAAAUUGUUCAUUUUAUUAUUUGAAAAUGUGGCCCUGAAACAAACCAUUAUUUGACAUUAGUGUGUUAUACUUGUAAUUUUUUUUUUUUUUGUUCUUGAACAAAUGUUCCAAAGUUGUCAGCCAUUGAUUUGUGAUAUUCUCUAUUCUGUUCAUCCUUUUCCUCGAGAUCUGAUCAGCUAAUAUAUAGAUAUAUAUAUUUUUACUUACCCCCUCCUGUUGUUGGUGUAGGUGGCACUGCUGAGAAAGCUAUAAUAACAUGUUCUUGAAUUUAAUAGUAGUAUGUGGUGUUAACAUUUUAACCUUAUUUGAUCAAGUUUUGAAGGGAGAAAAGGAAGAGGUUUUGGGUUAGAAAUGAAUUGAAACCUAAUUACCUUUCCUUUUUAUUGUAUCGCUAGUUACUAGUUUUCAACUCAAAGAAUGGUGCAGUUUAUUUCAUUCUGAAUUCAAAGGAUGAGAUGCAUUCUGUUUUCUUCCAAGCCUAAUCUUCAUUCCAUAAUACUAAUGGUGGUGUACACAAUUUGUAUAUGAGGGAUGUUUACAUAAUGCUGCUAAACCUGUACAUAUGUAAAAAAAAAAUUGUCACUUAACUUUAAUAGUUCAAUGUCCAGAUUUUUUUUUCUCUCUCAACAGUUUUCUUUUUAAAAAAAAAAACAAAUGAAGUAAUUGUUAUUUACAUUUCAAUUGUAUAAAAUGCCUUUACUGAUCUAGCCGUACAUUUUUAUUCAAACUGUUUUGGUGUGUGAUCCUUUUGUUUUAUACAUUCUGAACUUCAAAGAUAUUUUUAGUUGAAAUCUCUGGUGUAGAUAUUAUAUACAGUUUACUAACAUGCUUCAGCAUUUGAAUAAUUAUUGACAAGUAUUUACAUACAGUGUUAACAUUUUUAAUUAACAUUUUGUGACAUACAAAUAAAAUGGAAACAUGAAGUUGCUGGAACUAGCAGAGGACAUAAACUGAACUAUUAUAGGACUUGAACUGAUUGAUUAUAGGACAUUAAUCACUUACAACAAUCAGUCAUUAAGUUUAAUUGUUUUUAUAAAAUGUCAUCCAUUAAAAAAAAAUGAAAAGAAAAAAUCGGCCGAUGAGUAAAGUGCUACAACAAGGGUCAUGAGUUCAUAGGUUAUUAGUUCAUGAUACACGCUGAGCCUUGAAUUUUUAUUUUAUACUUAUAUCGGGUAACCUUGAGUACACCCAUCACAACAGAAAUUUUUAUUGUCGAAAUGGGCCAUGCUGGGUAACUAUUUCAUCACCUAUCACAUGAAUCUCUUGGUCUUGUUUAUUAAUUUAUCAUGGUAUAUGAAAAAGAAAAGCUGCAGAAAAAAAAACCAACACAUUUAGGAACUUGGUACUUAUUGAAAUGUAGUGGAAAAUCCCACACAAGAGCAAUAAGUUGGGUCACAUUAAAAUAUUGACUAGUUCCAUUUCAUAUUCUGUUAUUACCAACAUUGGAGACAUUUUUCUUCCUUAUACAUUGCUUUGCUAUUAGAAAAAGAGAUACAGAUGUUUUUAGUACCAUAUCUAGUGGAUUGAUAGAAAAAAAAAACUAAAGUUAAAUUUAGGCUUUUUCUGUCUUUUUUUAUUUUGUGUGCGUUUGUUUGUAGGUUUUACAUUCACAUCAUAUUUCUUUAACUUGAUACAUUUCUAUGAUUGGUGUGUACAUGUUACUUCAUUAUGACAUGGUUUUACUCAUGUGAAACAUAGUUAUUUAUAUAACCAGAAAAUGCUGACUGGGAGUCUAGUAAUUUAUAUAACCAGAAAAUGCUGAUUGGGACUGUCGUAGCAGUAGAGCUUUGUUUUCAUAGUCUAUGAUUGUCUUAGUCCAUAUAUUUGUGGGUUGCUAAAUGCUUGGGAUUAAACUUUAAUGAUGUUGGGUUUUGAUUUUGUAUUUCAAGUUUUCUGUACAGUGUUAUUUAGUAUGAAAUGUUUAGAUUUGAACAAUGUCAGCUGAUGUAGGAGACAGUACUUUGUAGUGUUGAUUGCAAACAUUUUUUAAAGUUGUGAAAUGCUACAAAUUUACUUCCCCGUUUAAUAAAUAUAUCAUGAUACAUAAAACUCGGCUGCAUAAAUCUACAAUGAAAAAAAUUAUUUUAAAUGAAACCAGAAAUUUUUUAUUUUUUUUUUGUGACGUUGAAUAUGCAUAGCACAAUUAAAUGUGCAUAACAUAACUGGGGCGUUUCUUUAGGAGACAUAAUUACCCUAACUGGUACUUAAAUAUCAAUUAGUUAUAAAUGUUAAAAUAUAUAGGUAUAUAAUGAUGUCAAUGGAUAUAAUGAUAUUUUGUCAAAGGAUAUAAAGAUAUUUUGUCAAGGGAUUUAUAAUUAUAUUUUCUUUGUGGUCUUGUGUAAUGACUUGUAGUUUCUUAAACUGCUUCUAAGAAUAGAAUAGUUCUACCAAGACUUGUAUCUGUGUAUACACUCAAUUCAGAAGUCACAUAAAACAGAAGCAUCUUGUUACAUUCUAGGAUUUUCAUUAUAUGUGGUACAAAAGUUUCAACCAGUUGUAAGCAAUAAAAAAAUAUUAUAUCUAGACAAGAUU